AUCUUAUCACCUCAUUCGCGGGAGCAACGUCUGUCAGCAUACAGGAAAUGUUCCAGCAUUGCAUUAGUUGAAUAACCUGAUAGGAAAUCCCCAGGGUAAAACAUCAACAUGGCCUGCAUUUAUGGAGAUAUCACGAAGAUAGACACCACAGGAGCAUCUGCAAAAACGGCUAAACAAGACAACUUGACUGUUACAGGAGUGUCCGCUUCCCACCAACUGGCAGCGCAUGACCUGACCCGAAUGAACAAGUACAGGGAUCUCAUCAUCAAGGUGGGAAGGGCUCACCAAAUGGAUCCGGCCGUCAUCAGUGGAAUCAUCUCCCGGGAGUCUCGGGCCGGGGCAGCACUGAAGGACGGCUGGGGCGACCACGGAAAUGCAUUUGGACUCAUGCAGAUUGACAAACGAUACCACACACCAGUUGGAAAGUGGGACAGCGAGGAACAUCUCAACCAAGGCACUGAGAUUCUGAUUGACCUCAUCAAACAGAUCCAGAACAAAUUCAAAGACUGGCCCAAGGAGCACCAGUUUAAAGGUGGAAUAUCAGCCUACAAUGCAGGAGUUAAAAAUGUCCGCACCUACGAGCGCAUGGAUGUUGGGACCACUGGGGAUGACUACUCAAAUGAUGUGGUGGCCAGAGCCCAAUGGUUCAAAAAUAAUGGCUAUUGAAGAAAAGAUGAAGCCUUGAAACCUGAAGAGGAUGAUGAAUACACAACCAGGAAAUCCUGAUCAGUCAGACAUGGCCAUUCAAUUUGCUGCAACCACACUAUCCUAGAUGAUGUUGUCUCUGAUGACUGAUCUGUGUGGAUAAUUUUGCUGUUACAAUUGUCUUCUCUCUUCUAAGUAAACAGGCCAUGAAAGUUAUGUUUGCCUGUUUAUUUCUUCCUCACAGUUUUACUGUGGCAACGCAUAGACCAAUGAUACAGCUGAACCAGAAUAGCCUAAGACCAUACCUAUUGCUAUUGUAAAGGAUUAUUUAUCAAUAUAAUAACCAUCCGAGGCUUUUGCUAAAUACUGUAAAGAAUGUGAAAGUACAAUGGUUGAAGCUUAAUGUUGACCUGUAAUAGGUAUAGAAGUAAACCAACCGAUUUUUUAGAU